AUGCGAAGAACAGUCGACCACUGUCCUAGCAUUGUCUUAGCACCAUCAGGGCGCCCCUUGACUGAUCUCGAAUACGCCGACGAUGUUGUUAUAUUCGCGGAAAGCAGUACGAAACUUCAACAUGUUGUUAACCUUGUAUCGAAGCUGGCUGCAGCCCAUGGACUACAUCUACGCCCUGAUAAAUGCAAGCAGAUGUGGAUCUCUUCGAGACCUCGAACGGGAAUCGGGGUGGACGGACAACCGAUAGAACUCGUCGAUGAGUUCUGUUACCUGGGUUGUACGCUGAAGAACAACGACUGCUACGGGAGAGAUGUUCAGCAAAGAUGCGCUAAGGCCACUUCUGCAUUUAACUCCGUAACGAAAUGCCUGUGGUCGACCCCCAUCACCAACGAACUCAAGCUGCUAGUCUACCUAUCUGCAAUUCGCCCUAUCAUUAUGUACGGAUCGGAGACUUGGGCAGCACCAUCAACGGUUAUGGAGAGGCUAGACUGCACGGAAAUAAAGCUGCUCAGACGGUUACUUGGCUACUUUUGGCCUAUGGUAUGCCACAAUGAAGAUCUCCACGCAGAAAUUGAUGUGGUAUACUGGCGGAUGACACGUGGAAGACAUCAACAUCUUGCACCGCCAUCGAAAGUGGCUAAAGUAAGUAGUCUGCGCUUCUUUGGUCAUAUAUUAAAGAGACCUUCAGAUCGCCUUGUUCAGCGAGUUCUGAGGAGUUUGCCGGGUUCAAGCUGGAAGAAGCCACGUGGCCGAAAACGGAAGUUCUAG